AUGGGGAAACUGAGGCCUGGGGAAGGGGAGUGGCUGGGCUCCAGCCACACAGGAAGACCCUUCCCGCUCUGGAGCUUCCUGCUGCUGCUCGGGUCCCUCCUGAGCUGUGGUCUCGGGAGCAGUGCUCAGGGUCCAGGUGAGUGGACUCUGUGGGGUUCCUGGACCCGCUGUUCCAGCUCAUGUGGGCAGGGAGUCUCCGUGCGCAGCCGGCACUGCAUCCGGUUUCCUGGCGAGGAGCCUUGCUGGGGGGACAGCCAUGAGUACCGCCUCUGCCAGCUGCCGGACUGCCCCCCAAGGGCCGUGCCCUUCCGAGACUUACAGUGUGCCCUCUACAAUGGCCGUCCCGUCCUGGGCACUCAGAAGACCUACCAAUGGGUGCCUUUCCAUGGGGCACCCAACCAGUGCGACCUCAACUGCUUGGCCGAGGGCCACGCCUUCUACCACAGCUUUGGCCGCGUCCUGGACGGCACCCCCUGCAGCCCAGGCGUGGAGGGGCUCUGCGUGGCCGGCCGCUGCCUCAGCGCCGGAUGUGACGGGCUGCUGGGCUCGGGCACCCGCGAAGACCAAUGUGGCCGCUGCGGCGGCGCCAACGACUCGUGCCUCUUCGUGCAGCGCGUGUUCCGCGAUGCCGGUGCCUUCGCCGGGUACUGGAACGUGACCCUGAUCCCCGAGGGCGCCAGACACCUCCGCGUCACCCAUCGGAGCCGCAACCACCUGGCGCUGUUGGGGAGCGACGGGCGCUACGUGCUUAACGGGAACUGGGCGGUCAGCCCAUCCGGGACCUACGAGGCGGCGGGGACCCGCGUGGUCUACACCCGCGCCGCCGCCGGGCCGGAGGAGACGCUGCACGCCACGGGGCCCACUUCCCAGGACCUGCUCCUGCAGGUCCUCCUGCAGGAGCCCAACCCCGGUGUCGAGUUCGAGUUCUGGCUCCCUCGGGAGCGCUACGGCCCCUUCCAGGAGCAGACGCAGGCCCUGGGCUGGUCCCUGCGGCAGCCGCAGCCUCGGGAGGUGGAGCCUCAGCCUCCUGAGCCCCCCGCCCCUGCUGCCAUCCCCCCACGGACCCCAGCCCCGGCCCCAGACCCCUGUGCGCCCUGCCCCGACACCCGCGGCCGCGCCCACCGGCUGCUCCAGUACUGCAGCAGCGACUUCGUCUUCAGGGCCCGUGUGCUUGGCCGCCGCCGUCAAGCCCAGGAGACUCGCUACGAGGUGCGCGUGCAGCAGGUCUACAAAAACCGCUCACCACUGCAGACUCGCGAGUACGUGUGGGCACCGGGCCUCUGUCCCUGCCCACCGCUGACCCCCCAUCAUGAAUACCUGCUGGCCGCCCGGCGCCUGGUCAGCCCCGACGGCACACAGGACCGGCUGCUGCUGCCCCAUUCCGGCUACGCCCGACCCUGGAGCCCUGCCGAGGACAGCCGCGUGCGCCUAGCCGCCCGGCACUGCCCUGUCUGAACCGUUGGAUGAGACCCCAUCACAUGCAGCAAGAAAGACAUCUGCCCAGACUGGAACUCUACGUAUUUCCCCUCUUGUCCUGGCUUCCAGGGAGCUCAGAAAUAUCUCCAGCUGCAGCUUUGUGACUGCCCUAUCACACGCGCACUUAGACCCCCUGGGCGAAGUCAGACCCACUGUCAGGAGCAGGUAGGCACUGGUGAGGACACACUAAGUAGAUUCUUUAACUCUUAUUUUCUCUAUUGCCCUGGCUGCCAGGAAGCUCAUUGCUAUUUUACACCCAGAAACUCUGUGUCUGUUUUUAUUUCCUUUGUCUCAUGCUCACUUGGUUAGAGACACUGUCACAAACAAGCAUGGCCCAGAAGAAGAUAUACCUAACACGAUAUUGUAAUACACACACACACACACACACACGUAUGUAUGUAUGUAUGUAUGUAUGUAUGUAUGUAUGCAUGCAUGCAUGCAUGCAUGCACACCAGUUUCCCUUCUUGCCGUGGCUACCAGGAAGCUCAUCCCUGCAUUACUCUCUGACACUCUGCUCCCUCUUCUCUCUGCCACUCACAGACACACACCUUCAAGUAUUCAAAGACGUUCACAAAUGGGCAUGGCAUGUCCCUUAGAAGACAUGCCUAAUCAGGCACUGUAACCUACUAAUUUCCCUUUUUGCUCUGGCUACCAGGAAGCUCAAGGAUAAGCUUGACUCCAUCCUCAAUGAUUCUGGCUGUCUUUCCUCCAGUUAACACUGCUGUUCACCCCUUUUAUACUCCUAUUUAAUUUUUACAUGCACUUUUUUUUUUUUUAACAAAG